AUGACGUCAUCGUCGAAAUCGGCUGCGCACCUCCUCAAACGCGUUCUGAUGGUGCCUCCGAAGCACUUCACCGUCGAGUACACAAUCAAUCCGUGGAUGGGCGGUGUGGUCGAUCGGCAGAAGGCGCACGAGCAGUGGAACUCUCUCAAAUCGGCCAUAGAGCGUCAGGGCGUCCGGGUGCUCACUUUGGAGCAGACCGCCGGCCUUCCGGAUCAAGUGUUCGUGUGCAACAGCGGUCUCGUCUACGAUAAUCGCGUCUAUCUGUCGAGAUUCCGUCACAAAGAGCGGUCGGUUCGGCCGUGGCGGUGGCCUCGAAAAACCAACAAUCUAUUCAGAAGCGGUGAGCAACCGGUUUACCUGGAGUGGUUCAAAAAGAACGGCGUGGCGACGAUCGGCGAGGCCUACGAGGAGAUCUUCGAGGGCGGCGGCGACGCGGUCUUCUCGGACCGUCACACGCUGUGGGCCGGCUACGGAGAGCGCAGUUCCAAGUCGGUGUACGAGCGGAUCAAGGCGCUCGGGAAGUUUGACAUUGUGCUCUGCGACAUGAUCAAUCCGAAUUUCUACCAUUUGGACACUUGCUUCGCGCCCGUCGAUGAGACCACCUCUCUCUAUUAUCCGCCCGCGUUCUCCGAAGCGACCAACAAGGAGGUAGGUCAAAAGCUAGCGGCCACCAAAAGAUUUGUAAUUUCCAGAUCCUACGCCGUCUGCCCAACUCGAUCGCCGUCUCGGAAGCGGAAGCGAACGCGUUCGUCUGCAACGCCAUCACAGUCCGUGAUACCGUAAUCUCGCCGAUCGGAGUCGCCGAGAAGACGCGUGACGCUCUAAAAUCACGUGGAAAGCAAGUGGAAGAGGUGGACAUGAGCGAAUUUAUGAAGAGCGGCGGAGCGUGUCAGUGCUUGGUGCUCAGACUUUUGUAA